GUCUUCUACGCAGACAGCCCUGAGCCUGUCCGCUUCGGGGCUACAAGCCUCUACCAGUGACACCGAGCACUACCCGACUGCGGGUUCAUUGUCUCCGGCCUGGCCGUUCCGCAACACGAAGGAGGACGAGCGGGAGAACUACAGCUCCCAGCAGUCCCUGCGCCCCGUGGCAACGGCGCCGAGCCGGGCGGCUGCCGCAGGCUCUCUGCGACUGGAGGGUCCCGCCGCGCUGAGGGAUACCGAGCUGCGGCGGGGGGACAGACAAGAUUCUCCAUGGUGAAGAUGGCCAGCCAUGGAAAACACAUUGCAAUAAUAGUCCAACAGCUUAACAAAUUUAACCCUGAAAAUCAGAGCGUGGAGGAUUUCUUGAAUGAAUCAGCUAAGAUGUUGCAGACUCUCAGUGAGACAGAGGAAAAAUUUGUGUUGGAUACACUAGCUGGAUGCAUAGAAUAUAAAUCCUUACUGGAUGUAGUAGUCAAUGCCUUUUUUGUUCUGGAUGGGAGAUACUGCCCAAUUUCUGAGCGUAAUCUCUAUGUAGUUAUUUGUUAUCUAGCUGCUUUUCAACUAGAAGAGCUCGGCCUUCAGCAGUUCAGCAGAAUUGUGAAAUCUCUGGAUGCUGCAAAAAUGCAAAAGUUUCUUAGAUUCUUCUUCAAUGCCUUGUAUUUGAACACAUGGAUAAAAGAUGAAUGGAGUCACUUCUACGAUUCACUGUAUGUGAAAGAGAACUGGAUUGAUCCACUGCUAAGAUGGCAGCCAAAAGUACAGAAACUGAUUGAACAGCUCACAGACAAAUCAAGUAAUCGUACAACCACGGUCAAGACUUCGACAGUUACUCAGCCAAAGGAAUUCAAUUUGACUGUACCCAAACCACGUGCCAUCCCUAUUCCUCUGCCAAUACCAGGACUGGAAAAAAGGAUACCUGUUCCUCCAAGCACUUACAAACCUCCAAAGGAAAAAAAGCAACUAGAGGAAAUCAAAACGAAAAAUCGCCAAAAAGCAGAAGAUCUGCUCCUGAAAGCAAAUGCUGACCAGUUCAGGUGUGCAACUCUGAAGUCUGAAAAGGGAGAGAACAAACACGACAGUAUGAAGAGCAGACCAGCAUUCCAGGCUCAAAAGAUCCAAAGCAAGAUUGACACUAUACCUAUUAAAUUAAAUGCUGCAGCUAUUUUAAGAGAGGGUGCCCUCUAUCAGCGGAAAAUGGAACAGGAGCUCAAGAGAAUUGAAGAUUUGCUACAAGGGUCUCGAGACCCAUAUGAAUUCUUGGAAUGGCAAAAACAGAUGCGUGGAAAAGAUUUGGAAGAGCAGCUGGCUGAAAUAGAGUGUAGGAGGCUUCAAGGGAAACUGAGUCAUGAAGAGGCAGUUCUAGCCCAUCAGAAUGUAAUUCAAGAAAAUAAGAAGAAAGCUGAUCUAACGAGAGAAGAGAAAGCAGAAUUGAUGCACCACUAUGCAGAGAAACGUCUACAAGAACAGAAAGAAAUGAGAGAGCUGGUGGAACAGGUCGUGGAAGGACACAAGAAUGCAAAACAAGCAAAAAUAAAGCUCCAGAAAUACAAACAGCAGAUAGUUCAGGAAGUUUCUGAAGAGAAUCAAGAACUUCUUCGGCAAGCUUUAGAAGAAGAAGAGGAGAAGCUUAGGAAAAGAUACGAACUAAUUCAACAAAUACGAGCUGUUGAGUCUUUACCAAUCCUCAAACACAAGUUUGUUGAUUUAACUGAGACUGGUGGCCAUGGUUUAAUUUGUGAAAUGUCAAUAGUGGAACUACGUGAACGUCUUGCUCUACUCAGAGAAGCACAAAAGGCAGCAGAGGAAGAGAAGAGAGACCGGAUAAUUCAUCAAAAACAAGCUAAGGAACAACUUCUUCUAGACAAACUGGACCAGAUUUCCCUGUUCAGAGCAGAACUUGGACGAGCAGCUGCUUUAAAGCAAGAAGAAAAGAAAAGAAAGUCCCAGUCUGGUGAAAGGCCUAUGAAAGAUGAACGCAUUUUAAACCUGCAGAAAAAGAUUGUAGAAAAAAGAAUGGAGCGUAAAAAGCAAGCAGGACUCUUAAAGAUUACCCCCCAGAAAUCCAGCAUCGCAUCAAGGAAGGACUCUUUGCAAUGGGACCGCUGGAAAGAAUUGGAAGAGAGUCAGAAAUGACAGUUCAAGGUCCUUCAAUGUGACUUCAUGGCCAGAGAAACAGCUCAGAAAAUGGCUGUCUAUGAAGCAGCAAGAAGUGGAGCCGCAGUCUGUAUAUUGCGCUCUGAAGUAAAAUAAAAUACGCUUGGAACAAAUUCAGACCUGCUGGAAAUCUCCCAGUGUGCCUAUUUACUACAGCGCUGAAUUUUAAUCUUUAUUUCAUCUUUACAGUAUGACUAGAAAAAUUUGGGUCAUACAGACAAGACAGAAUAUAAAUGUGUUUAUUUUUAAGCAAUAAUGAUACAUUAUUUUCUGUUAGAUCAAAAGCAUUAAGAAACCAAAACUUUACCAUUGGAGCUCCUACAGCAGAAUGGCAAAUGCCUGAGUAAGAGUGUUGAGAUCUCUGUUUCUGUUAUCAUUUUAUACCAUGCCACGGUUUGGUACUCCCAUCUUCCCAAGAAUAAAAACGAGGGCAAAACUCAAGCAACAUUUGUUUACAUGUGCAUCUUUUCAGAAGGCGUGGUCAGCGUGGGCAAGUUCUUUACAUGUUUUCUUACGUGACAGUAUUUUAUGUGUAAGAGAAUGACUAGUUUCAACACUGAUUUUAGAGGAUGAGAGAAAAAUUUUUCAGAAGGUUUAGAUGAUACAACAGCCUCCAGAAGCCAGAGUUGAGAUUCAGUGACCAAGACAGACCAUCCCUCAAUUUGCAGCUGUGAAUCUUUACAAUCUUUAAACAGUGGAAGAACAUAACAUUACUUAACCGACUGACAGAGCUGCUUCCAGAAAAAUUCAAAAUUCGGUUACUCACCUAUAUUUGUUCUCUAUGACAAUUUCUAUACUGUGUAAAACAGCCUUUACAUCACAAGGCUUGUUCUAGGCAGAAAGCCAAGGAAGAUAUAAAUCUGAAUUAAAAUCUGCACAGCAGUAAGACUGUGUAAUGUAUCCUAUUUUAACUUGAUGCCAGUUACUAAGUGUUUAAUUAUGGCUAUUGCAAAUAUUUAAAUUGAAGGAGACUGUCGCUGAUAUUGGAGUCAGGCAGCUGCUUUUAAUGCUCUCAUAACACUACAUUUCUCACUUUUUACUGAGAGAAGCCUAAUGGAAUUCUUUUGUUGCCACCUAGCUGCAAAGAUCACUUCCAUAAACUGAUAAAAUAUGCUUUAUUUUUCAUUCAAAGUAAAUGCUACAGUAGUCCAUGAAAGUAACAAAGGACUCAUGCUCACGAGGAAGAAUUAAGGAACGUAGGAGAAAGACAAGAAGGAAUCACAGCAGAUCUACAGAGAAGAGGCAACCAUGACAUUAUGUCUAUAGGGGAUUGUAUUAGCUUCAAAU